AUGAGGAAGGCCGGGGCGUCCUCCAUGUGGGCAUCAUGCUGUGGGUUGCUGAACGAGGUGAUGGGCACGGGCACGGUGCGGACGCAGCAGCCGGGGUUUGGAGCAGGGGCGGGGCCCUUCCGCUUCGCCCCCAGCGCUGGGUACUCCACCUACCCCCCCACCAGCUCAGGGAGCGCUGGUCAGCUGUGCAAGGCCUGUGGAUUGGCCUUCUCGGUCUUCAGACGCAAGCACAUCUGCUGUGAUUGUAAGAAGAGUUUCUGCGCCCUGUGCUCAGUACUUCAGGAGAACCUGCGCUGCUGUACAACCUGCCACCUGCUGCGCGGCACGGCCUUUCAGAGGCCUCAGCUCAUGCAGCUCAGAGUGAAGGACCUGCGCCAGUACCUGCUGCUGCGCAACAUCCCCACAGACACAUGCAGGGAGAAAGAGGACCUCGUGGACCUGGUGCUCUGUCAUCAGGGGACGAGGGAGACUCAGAGACCAGUGGUAGAGGAGGAUGAAGAGGAAGAAGAAGAAGAAGAAGAGGACACACAUGAGGAGGAGGAGGAAGAGGAGGAGGAGGAGGAGGAGGAAGAAGAGGAGGAGGAUGGAGAUGAAGGGGGAGACACAGACAGUCUUCACUCGCUUCCACCCUCGCAUGCCACCUCACCCCCCUCUGCCACGCGCUCCACUUCUGAACAGUCGGUCCUCUCCGCCUCUCAGGGAGACGUCCUCAGCCCAAGUGACAGCUCAGGGACCACCAGCCAGGAGCAUGAGGAUACUCCAACAGCUUCCCUCUUGAACCUGGAGCCUACUGAAAAUAUCAUAGACGUCAGUCCGGCGACACAGAGGAGGAUCCGGGCCUCGCUGUCUGAUCUGGACAAUGAAGAGGCGAUAGAGAACCUCUCCGUCCGACAGCUGAAAGAGAUUCUCGCAAAGAACUUUGUCAAUUACUCUGGCUGCUGCGAGAAGUGGGAGCUGCUGGAGCGAGUGCAUCGACUCUACAGAGAGAACGAGCAGAACAGGAAAUCCAUGGAAAAUGUGAGCAUAACUGCAGUGGUUGCAUAUCCUCCACUUCUCUGCAACAGUGGAGUUGGAGAUGGUGUUAAAGCUCAGCUGGCUGCUGAUGAAAACCUGUGUCGCAUCUGCAUGGACGCCAUCAUCGACUGUGUGCUCCUGGAGUGUGGUCACAUGGUUACCUGCACCAAAUGCGGGAAGAGGAUGAGCGAGUGCCCCAUCUGCAGGCAGUACGUAGUGCGGGCUGUACACGUCUUCAAGUCCUAA